AUGGAAGAACAUAUAAUUGGGCGUUUGGAGACUCUCAAGCAGGCCUAUCGCGUUGAUCUACCAAAACGUGCUAGACAACUCAUCAAGCUGCUCGAGCAGCGUCAAUCAUCCUAUUCGAUAUUUUUGCAAUGUUCUCGGAAUUUGAAAAGCUGGCUAGACGGCUUGUCAGCGCGGCUGAAUGAAAUACAGUCGGACAUUGGUCUUCUGACACCGUCCGGAGGCCCCAGGAGAAUCGAGGAUGGCGAUGAUGAGACGUCAGUUGCCUUAACCGAUGGUUGGAAUGCGCGCUUAGAGGUUGUGCAAAACCUGAUGAGUGAGCUGGAGGAGGACACUUCGAGGCAGAAGUUUGGCAAACUUUUGGAGUCCAAGGAGACUUUGCUAGGUGAGGAGGUUGAACAAAGAAUGCUUUUGAAGUGGCAAGCUAUCCCUGUGCUGCUCUGUUAA